ACGUGACGCCAUUUCCCUAGGUUUCCAUUGGUUUCAAAAGUACACCUUCCUCAAACACCAAAGAAUGGUACACAUCGAAAUUAGGGCCUAAUUUCGAUAAUACACCAUAGAACAAAUCCUUUUCUAUUUGACGAAAGUGCCCACACGCGCCUAUGCCGUACAGCAGUGGCUGCCCCUUUUGUUCGCUGGAGUUCCUGAAUUAUUCCUAUCACAUUGAAAUUACUAGGAUAUUGUGUUGUCGUGUAAACCAUUUACCCCACAUUUCUUGUGAUAAGAUAGUGUUUUAUAUGAUAAAUAAAUCGAUCUGCAAUCGUCCCAUUUACCGAGCUGGAGUGAGAUUUUGCAGCACGCAAGCUUGAGGAGCCCUGAGUAAUGUAAGCUUGAACAGCUCCUGUCCCGGCAGUGGCCAUCGGCACAAUGGGGCUGGACUUUGACGUGAAGACUUUCUGCCACAACCUCCGAGCCACCAAGCCCCCUUACGAGUGCCCAGUGGAGACCUGUCGCAAGGUCUACAAGAGCUACAGCGGCAUCGAGUACCACCUCUACCAUUACGACCAUGACAACCCCACGCCUGCACAGGGCAUGCCCCAGAAGAAGAGGAAGGGGCGCCCCCCUCGCAUGUCCCUGGUGGGGACCGGGGAUGGGGAGGGAGGGCUGGGAAAGGGAGGUGGGCCAGGGCAGGCAGGGAACACCCCUGGGAGUCCUAAUCAGUCAGAGCACUCCCACUCCCCAGGCAGGGAGACGAUGACCUAUGCCCAGGCCCAGCGCAUGGUGGAGCUGGAGAUCCAUGGACACAUCCACCGCAUCAGCAUCUUUGAGAACAUUGACGUGGUAUCAGAGGACGACAGUGGGGCCGAGGACCCUCCGUCCUCGGGCGGAGGUGGGGGAGGGGUGUGUAAUGGGGGUGACAGCGGGGGAGGAGGGAGUGAGGUGGGGGGCAAGGACAGGCCAGACACCCCUGCUGCUAACGGGGGGAAGGCCACACCCAAGUCCGGGAAGCACAAGAGUAAAGAGAAGAAGAAGGAGGGAUCGUCACACCACCACAGCGCUUCCUCUGGCCCAGCAGUCAAGCUGCCUGAGGUGGUGUACAGAGAGCUUGACCAGGAGAGGCCCGACGCACCCACACGACAGUCAUCCUAUUACAGGUACAUAGAUAAGUCGGUGGAGGAGUUGGAUGAGGAGGUGGAGUAUGACAUUGAUGAGGAGGACUAUAUCUGGCUGGACAUCAUGAAUGACAAGCGGCGUAGUGACGGGGUGACGCCCAUCCCCCAGGAGGUGUUUGAGUACCUCAUGGACCGCCUGGAGAAGGAGUCUUACUUCGAGAGCCACAACAAGACGGACCCCAGCGCCCUGAUCGACGAGGACGCCGUCUGCUGCAUCUGUAACGACGGCGAGUGUCAGAACAGCAACGUGAUCCUGUUCUGUGACAUGUGUAACCUGGCCGUGCACCAGGAGUGUUACGGCGUGCCCUACAUCCCUGAGGGCCAGUGGCUGUGUCGCCGCUGCCUCCAGUCCCCCAGCCGCGCCGUCGACUGUGCCCUCUGCCCCAACAAGGGUGGGGCCUUUAAACAGACGGACGAUGCACGCUGGGCCCACGUGGUGUGUGCCCUCUGGAUCCCCGAGGUGUGUUUUGCCAACACAGUCUUCCUGGAGCCCAUCGACAGCAUCGAGCACAUCCCCCCGGCGCGCUGGAAGCUCACCUGCUACAUCUGCAAGCAGCGCGGCUCAGGGGCCUGCAUUCAGUGCCACAAGGCCAACUGCUACACAGCCUUCCACGUGACCUGUGCCCAGCAGGCCGGCCUCUACAUGAAGAUGGAGCCCGUCAGGGAGACCAGCGCCAACGGCACCUCCUUCAGCGUCCGCAAGACCGCCUACUGCGACAUCCACACCCCUCCCGGCUUAGCACGCCCCCUAGGAGGGGUGGGAGGGGCUAGCAUGGGCUCCUCCCACAGUGAGGGCGAGCUGGAGGAGGACGAUGAACCCAGUAUAGGUCACGAUGACGACACCAAGGGCUGGAGCUCAGAGCGGGCCAAGAGGGCCAAGGCCAAGUCCAGACUGAAGAUGAAGAGAGCCAGGAAGAUACUGGCUGAGAAGAGGAAUGCAGCGCCCGUAGUGUCUGUGCCCUGUAUACCCCCACACAGGCUCAGUAAGAUCACCAGUAACCUGACAGUGCCCAGGAAGAGCCAGUUCAUGCAGCGACUGCACAGUUACUGGACCCUGAAGAGGCAGAGCCGGAAUGGUGUCCCUCUGCUGCGGCGGCUCCAGACCCACCUGCAGUCACAGCGCAACACGGAGCAGCUACAGCCACAGCCGCAGGCGCCACAGUCGCAGGUUCCCACGGUAACCACCACACAGUCUCUGUCUGGUGUUGUUAUCACAGCGAGGGACAGUGAGGAAAAUAACUUGGCUCUGAAGGAGCAGCUGAAAGCAUGGCAGAGACUGAGACAUGACCUGGAGAGAGCCAGACUACUGGUGGAGCUCAUUCGUAAGAGAGAGAAACUCAAGAGAGAGACGAUCAAGGUGCAGCAGAUGGCGCUAGAGAUGCAGCUGAGUCCCUUCCUGGUCCUGCUGAGGAACACCCUGGAACAGCUACAGGACAGAGACACCAGCAACUUCUUCACUGAGCCUGUCCCCCUGGCCGAGGUGCCAGACUACCUGGACCACAUCGAGAGGCCAAUGGACUUCCAGACCAUGUGGAACCUACUAGAGGCUCACCGCUACCUCAGCUUCGAAGCCUUUGAGGCAGACUUCGGCCUCAUUGUCAACAAUUGCCUCAAAUACAACGCCAAGGACACAGUGUUCUACCGCGCUGCUCUGCGCCUCCGGGAGAUGGGUGGGGCCGUGAUCAGGACUGCCCGCAGACAGGCAGAGCGAAUCGGCUUGGACUAUGACACAGGUAUGCACCUCCCUCGAGAGCCCAGCCCGGACAGCCAACGUGACAGAGAGAGAGACCGAGAGAGGGACAGGGACCAGGAACAAGAGAGGGACGGAGACGGAGAUAGGCCGCUGUCUUCCAAUGAGGAUGACCUGCUCUUACCAGAGAACCGGCGGCGGCUGCCAUUGGAGGAGCAGCUGUGUUUCCUUCAGGCGCGCUUUGAUGAGGUCAGCUCAGGGAAGCACAGCAUUGGUCGGUCGCGGCGUGCCAAAGCCCUGAGGAAAGAAAUGACGGUCAUCAAGAGGAAACUUGCCCACCAGAGAGAGGGAGGCUCGGGCAUGGGGGGCAGGGACUCAGGGGGGGACAGGGGACCAUCCCUCCCCCAUCACCCCUCAUCCACGGGACGCCACGACGAGGGGGAAGAGAGCAGCAGUCAGGAGAUCAGUGGCAAGGAUUUAAGUGCAUCGUCCUCGGCUCUAGCUCCAGAGGUGGGACGUCGUACCUCUGUCCUCUUCUCCAAGAAGAACCCCAAAAUGGCCGGACCCCCCAAGAGGCCGGGCCGUCCCCCUAAGAACAGGGAUGCGGGACACGGAGGGGCAGGGGUGAACCCCAGUCCAAUAGGUCCCCCUCAGCUGGCCCUCUUGUCUCCCCCUCGGCAGAGGAAGCGACCCCACAGCAGCUCCAGCUCUGAGAGCGACAGUGAUAUCGACAACCUCCUCCCGAGCCUGCCCACUAACGGUUUUGGCGGGGCCAACCAGCCGGUGACGGAGAGUUUUCGGGUGUACAGGAACGAGAGGAGCCUUCCUCGAUCCAGCUCUGACUCUGAAUCCACCACCAGCAGCAGCAGUAGUGCUGCCUCUGACAGAACCAGUACCACUCCGUCUAAGCAGGGCCGGGGGAAGCAGUCGUUCUCUCGUUCAGCCUUCCAGGAGGACAGCAGUGAGGAGACAUCAGGGACAGAGAACGACUCCUACUCUGUGGGAGGGUCACGCAGCGUCUCACACUUAGGGUGGGGCCGGGGCCGAUCAGGUUGUAGGACGCCAUCAGAUGACUACUCUUCCCUUGAUGCUCUGGACCUUGUGUGGGCCAAGUGUAGAGGCUAUCCUUCAUACCCUGCUUUGAUCAUAGAUCCUAAAAUGCCCAGUGAGGGGGUAUUCCACAGAGGGGUUCCUAUCCCCGUGCCCCCUCUGGAGGUCCUGAAGCUGGGGGAGCAGAUGACCCAAGAGGCCCGGGAACACCUCUUCCUGGUACUCUUUUUCGACAACAAGAGAACCUGGCAGUGGCUGCCGCGUUCUAAGCUGGUUCCUCUGGGGGUGGACCGGGAGCUGGACAAGGAGAAGAUGCUGGAGGGAAGGAAGUCCAACAUCCGCAAGUCAGUGCAGGUGGCCUACCACCGCGCCAUGCAGCAUCGUAACAAGGUCCAGGGAGACCCCAGCAGCGACACCAGCGACAGCGACUGAGCACUCGCACACAUAUGCACGGGCUGCACACUCACACAGAUAUGCCCAACACACAGACACACACGCACACGUCUUUGCUGGCCUCCCCAGGUAUUGAUAGGGUAUUGGUUUCAGAUCUGUGGGUUUUGAUCUACCCUGUGGCCUUGGAGAGCCUAGCACUCAGCACAAUAUGCCAGUAAUACCUAUUGGAAAGCACAUGCAACACUCUCUUUCCAACACACACACACACACACACACACACACACACACACACACACACACACACACACACACACACACACACACACACACACGUUUUUGGCACACACAGUGGUAUUUAAUCUGAGAUGUAAAAUAUGUAUUUAAGA